CUUUUGCCUUUCUUCUGCGAAGAAAAAAAGCCAAAGAUGGACAUAGCCAAUUUUCUUCUUACUCUUAUUGUUGUUCAUUCUUUUGCAGCUUUUCCUUCUGCAACAUCCUCAAAAGACCAAAUCCAAAACCCCUCCAUUCAAGCUUUGCUUCUGCAAGCCUGCAUUAAUGUCGAAAACCAAAAUUCAUGCCUCACCAAUUUGCAAACCGAGCUCAAAAGAAUGCCUCCAUCUGAUCAUUCAACUUCCUUAAUCGUGAGUGCUGCUCUUAAAACCACACAUAAUGAAGCAAAAGCAGCAAUCCAAACGAUUACAACAAGUUUGGAUGCUUUAUCACCCUUCAGCUACCGCGAACAAAUCGCCGUGGAAGAUUGCAAGGAGCUCCUAGAUUUCUCAGUCUCGGAGUUGGCUUGGUCUUUAGACGAGAUGAGGAAGAUAAGAUCAGGCUCGAGUAAUGUUCAUCACCAUGAUGGAAACUUGAAAGCUUGGCUCAGUGCUGCUCUGAGCAACCAAGACACGUGCCUCGAAGGCUUCGAAGGCACCGACAGACGACUCGAAAGGUCCAUGACGGGAAGCUUGAGACAAGUCACGCAGCUUAUUAGUAAUGUUUUAGGAUUGUACACUCAAAUGCAUAGCUUACCCUUUAAACCUCCAAGAAAUGUUACUGCUAGUGCUACUCCAGCAAAAAAUCAGAGCUCUUCAGAGUUCCCUUCAUGGAUGACAGAUGAGGAUCAAAAGCUGGUUAAAUCCAGUCCACGAGGUAUGCACGUGAAUGCUGUUGUUGCAGCUGAUGGGAGUGGGAGAUACCGCACCAUCACUGAAGCCAUUAAUGCAGCUCCAAGCUAUAGCACGAGGAGAUAUAUUAUAUAUGUGAAGAAGGGAGUUUAUAGGGAGAAUGUCGACAUGAAGAGGAAAAAAACCAACAUUAUGCUUGUUGGAGAUGGUAUUGGAGAAACCGUGGUGACCGGUAAUCGAAAUUUCAUGCAAGGAUUGACUACUUUUAGAACUGCAACGGUUGCCGUAUCGGGGAAGGGAUUUAUAGCAAGGGAUAUGACAUUUCGGAACACAGCAGGGCCUGAAAAGCAUCAAGGAGUGGCACUACGAGUCGAUUCAGACCAAUCUGCCUUCUACAGAUGCAGCAUGGAAGGCUACCAAGACACUCUCUACGCCCACUCUCUCCGCCAAUUCUACCGCGAAUGCAACAUCUACGGUACCAUAGACUUCAUCUUCGGCAAUGGAGCAGCCGUCCUCCAAAACUGUAAAAUCUUCACCAGAGUUCCACUUCCAUUGCAGAAGGUCACAAUCACUGCACAGGGUCGCAAAAGCCCGCAUCAAAGCACCGGCUUUUCGAUCCCUGAUAGCUACGUUUUGGCUACCCAGCCGACGUAUCUUGGGAGACCAUGGAAGCUGUAUUCAAGGACGGUCUUCAUCAACACUUACAUGAGUGCUCUGGUUCAACCUAGAGGUUGGCUUGAGUGGUACGGUAACUUUGCUCUGGGGACAUUAUGGUAUGGUGAGUAUAAAAAUUAUGGACCUGGUGCUUCAUUGUCUGGCCGUGUCAAGUGGCCUGGUUACCAUAUCAUCCGAGACUUUGCCACUGCAAGUUUCUUCUCCGCCGAGCGGUUUAUCAACGCGAUGUCAUGGUUGCCGGCAACUGGUGUCAAGUUUAAUUUCUUUAAUGCUGGGUUAAAUAAUUAGUUAUAUAUAUGCUUAGUAUAGGCAUAAUACAUGCUUGAAUAACUUUUACGUAUAAUUCCCACAAAAAUUAUACGUUGGUUUUUAUAUUGUACUGUACUAAUAAUUCUGUCUAGUUGGAUUGUGCUAUACAUAUUGAACUGGAUUGUGUUAUAACGUAUUAAUAUUAUACGACAUUUAGUGUAAGAUUGUGUCUUAUCCUAUAAUUUUCUGUAAAAAAAUAAUUAUUAUCCAAAUAAAAUUGCUUUUUGUUA